GUUCUAGCCCAAUUGUUUUCUUCUGAUUCGUAGGAAACGUCUGCUACAAUGUCGGAAACUGCGCCUGUUGCCACUCCUGCUGUGUCCGCUCCUGGGACAAAAACCUCUGCUAAAAAGCCGAAGAAAGCGGCAGGCGGUUCCAAAGCCCGUAAGUCUUCCGGUCCCAGCGUGACUGAGCUGAUCACCAAGGCGGUGUCCGCUUCCAAGGAGCGCAAAGGGCUCUCUUUGGCCGCUCUCAAGAAGGCUUUUGCCGCCGGCGGAUACGAUGUGGAGAAGAACAACAGCCGCAUCAAGCUGGGGCUCAAGAGCUUGGUGAGUAAGGGCGUUUUGGUGCAGACCAAAGGCACCGGCGCCUCGGGCUCCUUCAAACUGAACAAGAAGCCGGGAGAGACCAAGGAAAAGGCACCCAAGAAGAAGCCCGCGGCAAAGCCUAAAAAGCCAGCUGCCAAGAAGCCCGCCAGCGCCGCCAAGAAACCCAAAAAGGCUGCGGCCGUGAAAAAGAGCCCGAAGAAAGCCAAGAAACCAGCGGCAUCCGCGGCCAAGAAAGUAGCCAAGAGCCCGAAAAAGGCUAAACCUGCCAAGCCCAAGAAGGCAGCUAAGAGCCCGGCUAAGGCCAAAGCGGUGAAGCCCAAGGCUGCCAAGCCCAAACCAACCAAGCCUAAAGCAGGUAAGGCUAAGAAGGCAGCGCCCAAGAAGAAGUGAAGGGACUUAAAAAGAGUCUAACUCCGUGCAAACAAACCCAACGGCUCUUUUAAGAGCCACCCACCUUUUCCAAAAGGAGCUGAAAUGUUCAUGCUAACAGUACAACAAGUCUUUCCUCCUUUGCGACUAAUGCUAUCACUGAAGUUAACUUGUCUUGAAGGCUAAAAAAAAAAUCUUAUUGGAUACUGUUUCUAAUACCUUGCUCCCCUUGGGCAUCCUCUCUUCCCAUCCUGUGCAUUUGUUAGUAUGUUGCAAAGAGUCGGUUUUCGGCUGGGACAGGAGUCGGACACGGUUUAUUUCUAAGGGGUGUGCCGAUCCUUUAUUCUGCAAACAGAUAAGGGUAGGAGAGAACUAGUGGAGGGGUAAUAAAUGUUUUGGCUCAAACAGUUACGUGACUACUUACCGCAGCCAACUAAAGCUAGUGGAGAGUUUGAAAAGCCCGCGCUGUGCAAGGAUUGGUCAAUUUCCCACCCGGGCAUUUUACGCUGCUAUAAACGUAUAAAUCUGAACUCGUAGCCUUGAAGGGGUGUUUCCGAGUUCUGUCUUCACCCUUGACUUGAUCCACAGCGUGCAUAUCUUUUUAUCUUCCUGCACAACCCCUCGUAGGUACAACCGCCCGUUCAACGCCUAUGCGCGCCUACUUCAUCUUACGUCACUUUUUCCUUUCAGUUCGCCAGCCAAUAAUGAUGUAGUGAACCAUCAUGCCAUUUACGACUUUUAAAGCAUUUAUAAAGAGGGCAUAUAGGAUGAGGAACCAUAGAAUACCAAGGUUUGUAAACACCAAGUAGGAAGAAAUAACACUCCAUAACUGACUCAUUCGAAAGUCGUCACAUCCAUUGAUCAGAAAACAAGGCAUCCUUGCCUUCCAACGCAUUUUUCAGCACACUACAUGUGAUUUUUCACCAACCAGUUUUCAAUCUCUUCCAUACCUUGAAAACCUCUCAUUCGGGAUUUUCAGUUGUAUAGUAUAUCUAGCAAGAUUAUUCUUUUUCGCUAGUAAGAGCAGCCCUCUUAUUUUCCUAAUGGUUAAAAAUCCCUAAAGCAAUCUCCAUGCAUUAGCUGUAACUUGCAGAAAGUUAUGAUACUGAGAAUUGUAGAAUGUUUUAUUAGGAAUAUACAGUAAUAGUAUGCUAAAAGGAGCUCUGUAAUUAAAACAAUAGAAAUUGAAAAUUAUCCUGGGCUUUUAACUGCUCAGUUCUAACUCCAAGUAGUCAAUAAAAGACUCUGGAGCAUUCCUCAAAUUAGGAGCUGGAGGAAUCAAGCUAGUUUAAACGUCAGAGACUUUAUCCUCACUUACCUGCUCUAUAGUAUUUCAUCUAUGAUAGGCACUGGAGACUAGAUCAAACAGAUGCCUGUAGUGCUAGAAGGUUGUCUUUUGUUCUUGGUGUGGAAUAUAUUAGAAAUCAAUUAACAUUUUACCACUCUGUUUAACCAACCACAGGAAAGUAAACUUAAAAAACAACAAAUAGUCUUUAAAGUGCUACCAGACUAACAAAAC